GACUACCAUUACCAGAUAAUGUAAAUUGUAAUAGAGCCGAGGUCACUUGAGAAACUUGAUAGUUUCACAUUCAAUAUUACUACACCACUAUCAAAGAGAUGGGAGGCAAGGCAAGCAAGCAGGACUUCAGAGCAGCUGUUUUAGACCUGGUCACCAGCAAACAAUCUGUGACGGCACUAGACAACUCGUUCUGGGAUCGGUUCUGGUCUGACCCCACCCUCACCCCUCAAGACUACUUCACUCUUAUCACGUUCCAGGACAUACGGGACCUCCGGGACAAGGCCUCAGGCAACCUGACUGCCCUCUGCUUCAAGGUGGUUGAGAAGAUCAGUGCAUGUGCAGCUACAGCCUGCACUGGAGACAAGGAGCAGGUGAUCGUGUUGAACUGUGUCCAGCUGCUCACUAGACUCCUCCCCUUCCUGUUUGAGGCCCCUGACUGGAGACUGCUCUUCUGGUCCCCAGCCAGCUUCCUAGAGACUCAAGAUGGUGAGCAGCCUCAGGCACUGGCACAGGUGCUCCUCAACUCACUCACUGACCUCCUGUUUUGCCCGGACUUCACUGUGGUGCCAAAGUCCAAGCUUGGCCCUGAGAAUCCCGAUGACCUGGCAUCACUGGACAGCUGCGAGUAUAUAUGGGAGGCUGGUAUCGGGUGCACACACUCUCCAGGGUCCACUAAACUCAUUGACAACCACAGGACGGCUAUUCUCAAACUGCUCAUCACUUGCUUCUCUGAGGCCCUUUACCUCACCCCCGGAGAGGUGAGUGGUGCUAAUCGAUGGUUGUCCCACUUCACGUCCCCCGAGAAUCGUCACGUUCUCCCACUCCUCACCUCUCUCAUCAACGUGGUCUGCUCCUACGAUCCCGUCGGAUACGGGGUCCCCUACUACUAUGCGAUGGUGGCUGACCCGAGGGGAGAGCUGGUAGAGACAUCCACACAGCUGUUGGCCAUUCUCCUAGACUACACCUCACCCUCUGACCUUGUCAGGCAACAGCAAACAGGAGGAAGUGCUCCGAGUGUGGGGGCAGGGCAGGUAGGCGGGGCUGGAAUGGGAAACCUCUUCUGCAGCUUCAUAUCCAGGCUCCAUCAGACGGAGGAUUUAGAGCUGAUAACGAAAGGACUGACCAACCUUCUAAUGAACCCUCUCCGCUAUACCUACCUUCCUCAUUCCAUCAAGAAGAUCUACUUCACUCAGGAGAUCUACAUCAUCUUCUGGAAACUGUUUGAGCUCAACCAGAAGUUCCUCAUGCACAUGCUGUGUAGCCCCACCCUCUUUGAUAUGCUCGUACCACUCCUGCAACAGCUGCUCGAGACGAGGACCAACCCAGCGCUGGUGGGGAUGCUCCACGUGGGGGUGUUCAUUCUACUAGUGCUGAGUGGAGAGAGGAACUUUGGAGUGAGGAUCAACAAGCCAUUCCUGCACAAGAUCUACAUGCCCGACAUCCCCAAGUGCACUGGAGCCAGCCAUGCUGACCUCAUGUUCCUGGUGUUCCACAAGAUAAUCACGAGUGGUCUCCCUCGACUACAGCCCCUCUAUGACUGUCUCCUCACUGUCAUGGUCAAUGUGUCACCCUACCUGAAGACCCUCUCCAUGGUAACGUGCUCUCGUCUGAUGCACCUCAUGGAGUCAUUCUCCACUCCGUGGUUCCUGUUUGCCAAACCCACCAACCAUUACCUCGUGUUCUAUAUGCUCGAGAUCUUCAACAACAUCAUUCAGUACCAGUUUGACGGCAAUAUCAACCUGGUGUACUCGCUUGUCCGCUCUAAGGCCAUGUUCUACCAGCUGGCUAACUUGCCCGAGGACUCAUACCAAGUCACACGCCCACAGAGGAAGGUGGGGGACAAUGAGUCGACACUGCCACAGGUGCCACUCGAGGGGGAGGAGCAAGCAACCGAGGCCCCGCCCCCUCAAUCCCCUGAGAGUGGGGAGGGUCAUGUUGCGGACAUAGCACCUCCUGCACUCAUCCAGACAGUGCAAGUAGAGGUGGAGCCUCAGUCAGACACAGAGGAGAUUGAGAAGAUUGAUCGUGAGCCAGCUGAACCACCCCUCUCACAACCUCCACCACCCUCACACAUAUCUCCCGCCACCCCAUCACAAGCCUCACCCCUCACACAAGCCCCACCCCCUAUCGUACCAACCCACCAAGAACCGGAGAAAAGCAAACCAGGAAAGAAGAAAACUGGUAAGGGGAAACCGGCUACUGCCAAAGACCUCUUGCCACUCCACAAAGAAGUGGCCCGUAACAACCAGCAGCUGAUCGAACCCACCACCCCUGACUUCAAGCCAACUACAGAAUGGGUGCGUGGCUGGAAGCAGAAGCUCCCUCUCAACACUGUCCUCAGAGUGCUGCAGAUAUUGGUGCCUCAAGUGGAGAAGCUGUGCACUGAAAAUGAUGUCAAGUCAGAGCGUGAGGUGUUGGAGUACCUGAAGAAUGGCACGCUGGUGGGACUCCUCCCAGUGCCACACCCCAUUCUCAUCAGGAAGUAUCAGACCAGUGAUAGCACAGAGCUAUGGUUCCACACUUAUAUAUGGGGUGUGGUCUAUGUGAGGAACUUUGACCCCCCCAUCUGGUAUGACACCACCAUCCAGCUGUUCCAAGUCCACAAGACAGACAUCACUCAGGCAACUAACUGAUCGAAUAAUAAUUACAUUAAAUUUAUCAAAACUAUAUUAUUAUACGGUGUCGUUAUACUCCCUGUAAUCGCUAUGGUUACCAUGCAUGUAUGUGUGAAAAUGUGUACGUGAUGUAUAAAUAAUUAAUUGUCAUUAGCAAUUGUUUUAUAAUGAUAUUCAUUGAGUACAUGUCCCA